AUGUCUGAGUCUCCCUUGGUGGCGGUGAUGUCCCACUUGCUGAGUUUUCUGGAGCAGUACUCCCACCUCCAGCAGCUGCAGCAGCAGGCUGAUCAGUACCGGGUCCAGCUGAAGAGGCACCGGGCCCAGCACCGCCGCCAGAUGAAGGCCCUGAGGACAUCGUACCGCCAGAGGCUGAGAGAUAAGAACAGCGUCAUCGACAGCCUGGAGGAGGCCAUCACCACCCAGCAAUACACGCCGAGCACCCCGGGGAGCGACGGUGAGAGAGGGGAGGGGGGGGGGGGGGGGGGGGGUGUUAGGUGGGGAGAGAAGAUGGAAGGAGUCAUUUUAAGGAGAUUUAUGGUAAAAGGUCAUAAAUGGGAUGAUAUGGGAGGGAGGGAGGGAGGGAGGGAAGGAGUGUGGCAGGGAGCGUGGAUUCUAGUUUAUACUAGGGAGGUGUUAACAUGGUGUGAAAUGGGGGGAGGUGGGGGGGGGUUACAUUUAAGUGGGUUUGAGUCCAGGAUCAGAGGGAGAGAAGGAAAGACAGAGUGAGAGAGGUGGGGGGGGGGGGGGGGGGGGGGGUGGAGGUGUUAGGUGGGGAGAGAAGAUGGAAAGAGUCAUUUUAAGGGAGGGAGGGAGGGAGGGAAGGAGUGUGGCAGGGAGCGUGGAUUCUAGUUUAUACUACAGAGUAAAGAAGACAGGCUACACUUGACUGAGAUAUUAACUAUUUAUUUAGUGCUUCUAUGAAAAAACCCAGUGGAUGGUUAUAAUGUCUUGCACCACUUGGUGAGAGUGGCUAUGGAAACUCAGGUAUUUGCUGUUACUGUAGAGAGACUAGGGACGAGACAGUGUUAGACUCAUAAAGAGCAGAGGUGGGUAAUAUCCCCAUAGGGCCCUGGUCAAAAGUAGUCCACUAUAAUAGGGUGCCAUUUGGACAAAGUAUAGGGCAGAGAGUUUAGGAGAAAUACAAUCUAUUCCACCAUUUUCAGAUAUACCCCUCUACAAAGUAACUAUAGUUUCUAUAUUAAAUAAUUUCACUGUUUGUCUGUCUGAAUACACAGUAGAGAGAGAUGUUGAUGUGUAGCAGGCUUCUUAGAAGAGGGAUGUUGGUGUAAAUCAAGUUGGAAUUAGGGAUGAGGAAUGACAUCAGACUGUGGCUAUGUCCCAAAUGGCACCCUAUUCCCUGUCUAGUGGCCUUUGGCUGGUCAAAAGUAGUGCACUACAUAGAGAAUAGGUUGCCAUUUGGGAUGCAAACUAACUGAUCUAAAAGCAAUGGAUGGUUUUGAGGGAUCUGCUCUCCUUUAGAUUUGACCAAUGUUCUGUUCUGGACAUGGAACAGAAGGACAGCCCUCCAUCACCCUUAUCAACCUAUCAGUGUGUGUGUGUGUGUGAGCAGCAUAUACGCACAUACUUGUGUGUGUUGCUGUAUGUGUAUAAUAUCAUGAAUGUACUGUAACGUGUGUGUUGGGCUCUUAUGUGUGACAGUAAUCUCGGCACCCAAAACCAAAUCAGCUACUCAUUUGAAUGUUUAGGAUGUCAUGAAAGACUGGUGCGACAGUGACAGUGAGCUCUGCUAAGUAAGUGAUCCCUCCUCUCUCCUAAUGCAGUAUACUCCUCUCUGACUAGCACCACAUAACCCUGGAGAAACAUGCCACUAGAUGACCCAAAGGUGGCUCUCUCUGCUCUGCAGCAGAAUGUGGGGCUUUCCUAAGUGGGAGACCUCAGGCAUUACUGCCUCUCAUUACGCGUUAG